AUGAUCGUUAUCGUGGACCUUCUGCUGAUGCUCAUAGAUCUGACUUACUCCAUAGUGGCAGCUAUCGUCCAGACCUUUCUGCGACCUCGGCUCAAGUGCAUUGAUGGGGAGCUGUGUCUGAUAACAGGGGCCGGGGGGGCGCUGGGUCGCCUUUUUGCCUUGGAGUUUGCUAAAGAAGGGGCGCAUCUGGUGCUAUGGGACUGUAACGCUGCUGCCAACGAGCAGACCGCCGCGCUGGCGCGCGAGCUGGGGGUGAAAGUGCACGCCUACACGGUGGACCUGUCCAAGCGUCAGAGCAUCUACCAGGCAGCGGACAGGGUGAGGGCGGAGGUCGGGGAGGUGUCCAUACUGGUGAACAACGCGGGUGUGGUGGCCGGGCGGAGGCUGCUCGACUGUCCGGACGAGCUCCUGGAACGGACUCUGCUUGUCAACUGUCACGCGCUGUUCUGGAUGACAAAGGCCUUCCUGCCCCAGAUGAAAGCAAGAAACUGCGGUCACAUAGUGACGGUUGCCAGUGCUCUCGGCCUCUUCAGUACUGCAUGUGUGGAGGAUUACUGUGCCAGUAAAUUUGGAGCUGUUGGUUUUCAUGAGUCACUGACACAUGAGCUGCUUGCAGAGGACCUGAGUGGCAUCAAAACCACUCUGGUCUGCCCUUACAUCGUGGACACAGGGAUGUUUGCAGGCUGUGAAAUCAGGAAGGAACUUCGGAGUUUGAUUCCGCCCCUGGAGCCCCUCUACACCGUCCAACAGUCCAUGAAAGCCAUUUUAGCCGAGCAGCAAAUGAUCUGUAUUCCACGCCUCAUGUACAUCCCCUUCCUUACACGAGCGUUGCUGCCUUGGGAUGCAAAUGUUGCAACGUAUCGCUUCAUGGGAGGAGAUAAAUGCAUGCUACCCUUCAUCAAGAAUGUUGAACUGAAGACCUCCAAUGGACUCUUCAAGUCCUCCUGAAAAAUUGUAUUUAAACUCCUGGACCAAUGCAGACACCAAAGGCUAACUCUUGAGUGUUCUUAUUUCAUUAUUUUAUCUGAAGGGAAAGGCCUAAAAUCCUUGAUGGUAUGCAACAUUUCAAACACUGUUGCAGAAAUCCUGAGAUGCUCUGCUCAAUGGUGGAGUGUCAUCUCAAGAAAAACCAACAGACUUUUCAAACUGAAGAAAGAUUUUGCUUGGUUUGAGAUAUUUUAAAGAAAUAACAAUCAACUUGGGCUGUAUGUCUGAGUGGAGCUUAGUUCUACAAACGGCUACACUCAGAACAGCAAGGGAGAGGUUUUGAAGGGAGAGAGGAAGUAUGCUGAGGGACAGUGGAGGGAUGGCCAGAGAAAAGAAUAGUUUAAGUCUGAGACUGGUGCUGAAGUGCGAGAUCUACUAGACAUCUCUAAUGUAAGUUGAUAAAGUUUUAGAUCUAAAGAGAACAGAUCUCAAU